AUGGGUUCUGUUUCCAACCAGCAGUUUGCAGGUGGCUGUGCGAAGACGGGCGAGGAGCCCGCGGGAGACUCCCCGAAGCCAGACGAGGAACCCCAGCCCCUCCACGGCUCCGGGAUCUGCAAAUGGUUCAACGUCAGGAUGGGCUUCGGUUUCCUCUCCAUGACCAGCAAGGAGGGCAUGGCCCUGGACUCCCCCGUGGAUGUCUUUGUGCACCAGAGCAAGCUCCACAUGGAGGGAUUCCGCAGCCUGAAAGAAGGAGAGGCAGUCGAGUUCACCUUCAAGAAGUCAUCCAAAGGCUUGGAGUCCAUCCGAGUGACUGGCCCUGGGGGCGUGUUCUGCAUUGGGAGCGAAAGGAGACCAAAGGGAAAGAACCUCCAGAAACGCAGAUCGAAAGGAGACCGAUGCUACAACUGUGGUGGGCUGGACCAUCAUGCCAAAGAAUGCAAGCUGCCGCCGCAGCCAAAGAAAUGCCACUUCUGCCAGAGCAUCACCCACAUGGUUGCCAACUGCCCCAUCAAAGCACAGCAAUCGCCCAGCUCUCAGGGAAAGCCCGCCUACUUCCGGGAGGAAGAAGAAAUGCACAGCUCGUCCCUUCUUCCUGAAACCAGAGAAUGA